AUGAGAGAAUCUGACCAGUCUCCCGACGUCUCCGAGCCCACCCAGCAAUCCGCCGAAUACUGGGCCGACGCGCCUCUAUACGGGAGCAGCCUCGUCGCCGCUUUCGAGGCCCGGGCAGCGGAGCUCGGAAACGAGCGCCUCUACACGUGGCUGAGAGCCAACCUGUCCGAGGAGGCGACUCUGAGCUACGCUGAGCUGCGCAGCCGCGCCCUCUCCGUCUGCGUGGCUCUGCGCCGCACCUGGGGCGUGCCACAGCAGGGACGAGCCAUGCUCAUCUACCCGCCCGGCCUGGAGCUGCUCGUCGCCUUCUUCGGCUGCAACUAUGCCGCCGUCAUCGCCGUGCCGUACUACCCGCCCGUUCUGCCGACCUCUCCGAUGCCGAGCGCCGCGGCGAGGCGGACGCUGGGCGAGGGGAUCGACAAGGUUGCUCGCAUCUAUGCCUCCUGCGCCCCCUCCCUCCUCCUCUCCACCGCCUCCUACCUCCGCCUCCGCUGGCUCUCCUCCAAGCUGCUCGGCGCCGGCACAGCAGACCAGCCCACCGCGUGGCCUGAGGGGUGGACUUGGCGCUCCUCCGACGAUUACACGUCUGGCUCGACCGGCCACCCGAAGGGAGUGGUGGUGCGGACGCGCAACCUGAUGGCGAACGUGCGCGCGCUCAAGGCGUACCACGACAUGGGCCUCAUCGGCUGCUGCCUCGCGCCUGCGCUGAUCGGCUGGACUGCAGACCUCAUGUCGCCCUCAUCCUUCCUGCAGCGGCCCGCGGCGUGGACGCAGGCCGUGUCGCGGCGGGCAGCCUCACACUCCGUCGUCACCACCGCGCCGAACUUCGGGUACGCCCUCUGCGUCCGUCGCGCGCACCCGUCCCGCGCCGCGCCACCGGGCAAAGCGGCGCCGCCGCUGUCGCUCUCGCACUGGCGCGCCGCUCUCAACGGCGCCGAGCCGAUCCGCGCGGCGACGCUGCGCGCCUUUUGCGAGGCCUUUGGCCCUUGCGGCUUCCGGCCCGACGCCUUCGCCUGCGUCUUCGGCCCCGCCGACAGCCGCGCCUCAGCCGCGCGGGAGGCGGCCAGGCCGAGAUCAGCCGAGAUUGGGCGAGAGAGGGGCAGCAGCGCCUCUGCGCCAGCGGCUGACGCUGACGCAGAGACGGUCGCUGCUGAGGCGGCCGGAGGCGCCGCUGCAGUCGACGAGAGGCUCGAGGUGGCCGGCUGCGCUUGCCUCGACCGUAGAGGGCCGGCGGCGCAAGCGGUGCGCGUCGUCCACCCCGACACGCGCGCGCUGCUGCCCGACGGCAUGGUCGGCGAGGUGUGGCUAGCGGGACCGUCCGUAGCGGGCGGCUACUGGGGGCUUCCCACCGAGACCUCUGCCACCUUCCACGCGCGCAUCGACCCGGCCACCGCCGGAGACGGCGGCGGCAGCGGCGGCAGCGGCGGAGAGGGCGGCGGCGGCGGAGAGGGCGGGGGCAGCGGAGUGCUGGCGCCACAUUUGCGGACGGGCGACUUGGGGAUGCUCUGGAGCGGCCGGCUGUACAUCGUGGGCCGCAUCAAGGACGUGCUAACGGUCCGCGGCCGCACGCUCCACGCGUCGGAUGUCGAGGCGUGCGCCGAGGCGGGGUGCACGUCGCUGCGGCCCGGCUGUGUCGCCGCCCUCCCCGUCGGCGUCGUGGGGCGCGCCGCCGAGGAGCAGCUCGUGCUGAUGGGCGAGGUGAGGGCCGAGGUGCCCCUGACGGCGAAGGCGCUAGAGGCGAUCUGCCGUGAGGUGGCAGAGUCGGUUGCGAGCAGCGAGUCCACCGCCGCCGUCUCGGGCGUUGCUGGCGCUUUUGCCGCCGGCGCCGACGCCGCAGCGCUGGGCCGCCUCUGCGACUGCGCCUCAGACGCGAUCGUCGAGGUGCCGCCAGACCGGUGGGGGAUCGGGUCCGCCCACAUGCCUGCCACAGAGAGCGAGCUCGGCCGCCGCGCCAGCCACGGCGGCUUCGUGCGAGACGCCGACUGCUUCGACAACCUCGCCUUUGGCGUCUCGCCCGCCGAGGCGGCGGCGAUGGACCCGCAGCAGCGGCUGCUGCUCGAGCACGGCUACGAGGCGCUGCACGCGUCGGGGCAGGGCCGCGAGGCGCUCGCGGGCAGCCUGACGGGCGUGUUUGUGGGCAUCGCCGCGGCGGACUGGGCCGAGGUGCUGCGCGGGUCGCCGGUUGGGAGGAGCGUGUACGCGGCCACGGGGAGCAGCCACUCGAUCGCGUCGGGCCGGCUCUCGUUUGCGCUCGGGCUGCACGGCCCGUGCGUCUCGUACGACACCGCCUGCUCGGCGGCGCUGGUCGCCGCGCACGGCGCGGCGGGGGCGCUGCAGCGGGACGAGUGCCCGUCUGCGCUGGUGGCGGGGGUGAGCCUGAUGCUGCUGCCGGGCGUGUCGGUGACGUUUGCGACGGCGGGGAUGCUGUCCGCGCGAGGCCGCUGCCACACCUUCGACGCGCGCGCGGACGGCUACGCGCGCGCCGAGGCGUGCGCCGCUCUCGCUCUCGGUGACGGGGCUGCCGAUGCCACCAACCCACGGCUGCUCGGCAGCUGCGUGCGGCAGGACGGGCGGAGCGCGAGCCUGACGGCGCCCAACGGGCAGGCGCAGCGGGACCUGCUGUCGCGUGCGCACGCGGUGUCGGGCGCGGGGCUCGCCGAGCGGUGCUUCUUCGAGGCGCACGGCACGGGCACGGCGCUCGGCGAUCCUGUGGAGGCGUGCGCGCGUCGUCUUCCCGGCGGCCGGUUUCCUCGAAAUGGCGCGCCGCCCCAGAUUGUGAAGUCGUGGUACUCCACCCCGGCGCUUGAGGAGACGCUGAUAGCCCAUGCUCUUCUCGCCGGCUUGGGCUAUCACGCGAUGCUCCGAACACACCACACGCCGCUGCCGCACCCACACUUGACCGCUCCGAGUCUUCACACGCAGGCGCGCCACUCGGGGGCACUCGCUCUGGGCACCGAGGCGCUGUGUCUGCGCCGCAUCUACUUUCUGCAGCCGCUGCUGCCCGGCGGCGGCGCAUCGGAGGUUGCAUGCGAGGUCGACACAUCCGCCGGCCGUUUCGAGGUUCGGAGCCGUCGCGUCGCCGCUCCGGCGUUUGGCACGGAACUUGCGCGGGGCGACUCGCCCGCCGCCUACGGCCCGCGCUACCGGCCUCUGCUCGCCGUCUGGUGCCCGCCUCGCGGCGGCGGCGCUUGCGCGGCGAGGCUGCGCCGGCAGGCUGGGCCGACGGCGGUGGGCGCGCGGGCCGCUCUGCGCAUUCGUGGCGGCGAGCGGGCCCAGCUGCGCCGCUGUGAGGCUGUGGGAGACGUCGAGCUGCGCGUGCGCGCGGUCGGCCUCAACUUUCGCGACGUGCUCAACGUGCUCGGAGCAUACCCGGGCGACCCCGGCCCUCCCGGCUCCGACUGCGCCGGCGUUGUGGCGGCGUUGGGCGACGGCGCCGGCUCGCAGCUGCGCAUUGGCGACAGCGCGCUCGGUCACGGCAUCGCGGCGCUCGCCUCCAUCGCGCGAACCGACGCGCGGCUCGUCGCGGCGUUGCGGGCGCCGCUCUCACUGGAGCAGGCCUCCACGCUGCCGACGACGUGGAGCACAGUGCACAUGUCGCUGCUCGCGUCGCGGGCGAGGAGCGGUGGCAGCGUGCUGCUGCACGCCGGCGCGGGCGGCGUCGGGCUCGCGGCUGCGGCGUACCUGCACUGGCUCGGCGUCCGUGCUGCGGCGACGGUGGGUCGGCCGUACAAGCAUUGCUUCCUGCGAAGCCUUGGCUUGCGCCACAGGACCCUCAGCUCGCGCGACGGCGGAGCCUUCGCGUCGGGCGCGGCGGCGCUGUUCGGCGCGUCGCGGCUGCACGCGGUGCUCAACAGCCUGUCGGCGGAUUUCAUCGCCGCGUCGUUCGCCUUGCUUCGCGAGGGGGGCGGUUGGGGCGAGAUUGGCAAGCGGGCGGUGUGGAGCGCGGAGCGUCAGCUCGCCGCCUCUCCUUCCGCCCGGUGCGUCGCGUUGGCGCUCGACAGCGCCAUGGAGCAGCGCCCGUGCUGGAUGCGAGGCGUGCUCCGCCUGCUCUCGUCUCGCGCCGCAGCCGGCGUGGUGCACGGGCUGCCCCUCGUCACUUUUGCGCUCGAGCGGAACGUGCAAGCCGCGUUCCGCUGCUUGCAGAGCGGCGCAAACACGGGCAAGGUUGUGGUUCGCGUCCCGACGUGCGCGGAGGUGGCGCCGCGCGGGGUGCACGUGGUGACGGGCGGCACGGGAGGGCUCGGCCUGCUGACCGGGCGGUGGCUUGGCGAGGGCGGCGCGGCGGCGGUCGCGUUGGCGUCUCGCGGAGGCUCCGUCUCGCCGACAGACGCCGAGUGGCCGGGCCGGGCGGGAGGGUGCGAUGUGGGCGUGGCGCAGUGCGACGCAUCGGACGUGUCGGACGUGCGUCGGCUGGUGAGCUGCCUCUCGGCGCACGGCGGCGGCGGCGGCGGCGGCGGCGGGGUAGCGCGGCUCCUUGGCGUGUGGCACGCUGCGGGCGUCCUCUCCGACGGCCUCCUUCGCAUGCAGACGGCGCACUCACUUGUGCGCGUGUACGCGCCCAAGGCGCAGGGCGCGUGGGCGCUGCACGGCUCGUCGAGCGUAUCGCCGCUCGAUGCGUGCGUGCUCUUCUCGUCGGUAGCGGCGCUCUUUGGCGGCGCCGGCCAGGCCAACUACGCCGCCGCCAACAGCUGCCUCGACGCGCUCGCUGCGUGCCGCGCCGUGCGAGGCUUGCGCGGCUCGAGCGUGCAGUGGGGGCCGUGGGCGGGGGUGGGCAUGGCGGCUGGCGGCGCGGUGCACGCGCGGCUGCAGGCCGGCGGCGUCGGGCUCGUCGGCCUCGAGGAGGGCGUGCGAGCGUGGCGCAGGUGUCUGCUUCCGGGGGGACCGGCCGUGUCGGCUGUCGUGGUUGUGGCGUGGGGCCGCUUCCUCGGCGUGCUCCCGCGCGUGCCGCCGCUGCUUGCGUCGUUCGCGUCCCGCCGCGCCGCCUCGAGAGUGCCGCAGUGGGCAGGCUCCUCCGCCUCUGGCGCCGCGCAGGGCGUCACCACCGAAGUCGUGACUGAGCUGCUUCGCGCGACGGUCGGGUCUGCCGUCGACGCAGACGCGCCGCUCAUGGAGGCGGGGCUCGACUCGCUUGGAGCGGUCGAGCUCGGCAACCGGCUGAGAGAGGUGUCCGGCUUCGCGGCGUUGCCCAGCACGCUCGUCUUUGACUACCCGACGGCGCGCUUGCUGGCCGAACAUUUGGGGUCGCGGUCCGAGGCUGUCGCCUCGCCCACGAGGGCCGUCUCUCCAGCCUCUGGGGGGGCGCUCGUCGCGCCGAGCGUCUUCUUGUCAAGCGCAGCGGCGGUGCUGCCCAUGGGCGCGUCCAGCGUGGGCGCGGCGUUUCGCGCUACCUCGUGCGCCGUCGACCUCAUCAGCGAGGUGCCGCCCGAGCGUUGGGCGCUCUCCCCGCAGCCGCGCCCAGACGACGCCGUCGGCUUGCGCGUGCGGCACGGCGGCUUCGUGCGAGACGCCGACUGCUUCGACAACGCCGCCUUUGGCGUCUCGCCCGCCGAGGCGGCGGCGAUGGACCCGCAGCAGCGGCUGCUGCUCGAGCACGGCUACGAGGCGCUGCACGCGUCGGGGCAGGGCCGCGAGGCGCUCGCGGGCAGCCUGACGGGCGUGUUUGUGGGCAUCGCCGCGGCGGACUGGGCCGAGGUGCUGCGCGGGUCGCCGGUUGGGAGGAGCGUGUACGCGGCCACGGGGAGCAGCCACUCGAUCGCGUCGGGCCGGCUCUCGUUUGCGCUCGGGCUGCACGGCCCGUGCGUCUCGUACGACACCGCCUGCUCGGCGGCGCUGGUCGCAGCGCACGGCGCGGCGGGGGCGCUGCAGCGGGACGAGUGCCCGUCUGCGCUGGUGGCGGGGGUGAGCCUGAUGCUGCUGCCGGGCGUGUCGGUGACGUUUGCGACGGCGGGGAUGCUGUCCGCGCGAGGCCGCUGCCACACCUUCGACGCGCGCGCGGACGGCUACGCGCGCGCCGAGGCGUGCGCCACUUUCUCGCUGCAGCGCGUCGCCGGCGCGGCGGCGGUGCUUGCGACGUGGUCCGGCAGCUGCGUGCGGCAGGACGGGCGGAGCGCGAGCCUGACGGCGCCCAACGGGCGGGCGCAGCAGGCGUUACUGCGGGCGGCGAGUGGGUUGAAUGUCGCUGCUGGCUGCCCGCUAUUUAUAGAGGCGCACGGCACGGGCACGGCGCUCGGCGACCCGAUUGAGAUGCGGUCGCUGUGCUCGGCGCUCGGUGACGGCCGUUCGCGCGUGACGGUUGGCAGCGUCAAGGCCAACGCGGGCCACGCCGAGCCGGCGGCGGGCGCCGCCGGUUUGCUGACCGCCCUCCGGCUCUGCGACGGUGAGGCGCCUCCCAACGCGCAGCUGCGAGCAAUCAACCCGAACGUCUCCGACGGGAUUGGCCGCCAGGUCGCGCUCGCGGUGCAGCCGGUGCACCACGCUGCUCGCGUGGCGGGCGUGAGCUCGUUUGGGUACAGCGGCACGAUCGCCCACGCCGCCCUCUCUUCCGACGCUUUGGCGGAGCGGGGUGUCGCCGUGGCGUCCUCGUGGCGCAGCCAGCCCUCGUUCCUCCGCCGGCGGGUGCGCCACAGACACGAGCCGAGCACGGCGAGUGCGAGCGGCUUCGGGAUCGACGCGUUGCUGGAGCUGCUGCAGACGACUGUGGGGGAGGAGACGGACGCAGACGUCCCGCUGAUGGACGCGGGCCUCGACUCGCUCGGCGCCGUCGAGCUCGGUAACCAGCUGCAGGAGCGGGCGUCGGCGGCAGGCCACGCCCUCGUGCUUCCGAGCACGCUCAUUUUCGACCACCCGACCGCUCGCCAGCUCGCGCUCUUCUUUGAGUCGCAGAUCGGCGACGCAGAGGCCGCGGGGAGGCAGGGGGUAGACGCGCUGAGCCGCACCGCGCCGUCUCGCAUGAUUGGCCUGCCGCGAGAGCCUGCCCGGCCUGCGGCUCUGGCAGCGGCGCCCAUCGCAGCGUGCGGGUUGAGCGCCGCUCUACCCUCUGGCUGCGCCUCCACUGGUGCCUUUCGCCUCACCUUGCAGUGUGCCGUCGACCUCAUCAGCGAGGUGCCGCCCGAGCGUUGGGCGCUCUCCCCGCAGCCGCGCCCGGACGACGCCGUCGGCCUACGCGUGCGGCACGGCGGCUUCGUGCGAGACGCUGACUGCUUCGACAACGCUGCCUUUGGCGUCUCGCCCGCCGAGGCGGCGGCGAUGGACCCGCAGCAGCGGCUGCUGCUCGAGCACGGCUACGAGGCGCUGCACGCGUCGGGGCAGGGCCGCGAGGCGCUCGCGGGCAGCCUGACGGGCGUGUUUGUGGGCAUCGCCGCGGCGGACUGGGCCGAGGUGCUGCGCGGGUCGCCGGUUGGGAGGAGCGUGUACGCGGCCACGGGGAGCAGCCACUCGAUCGCGUCGGGCCGGCUCUCGUUUGCGCUCGGGCUGCACGGCCCGUGCGUCUCGUACGACACCGCCUGCUCGGCGGCGCUGGUCGCAGCGCACGGCGCGGCGGGGGCGCUGCAGCGGGACGAGUGCCCGUCUGCGCUGGUGGCGGGGGUGAGCCUGAUGCUGCUGCCGGGCGUGUCGGUGACGUUUGCGACGGCGGGGAUGCUGUCCGCGCGAGGCCGCUGCCACACCUUCGACGCGCGCGCGGACGGCUACGCGCGCGCCGAGGCGUGCGCCACCUUCUCGCUGCAGCGCGUCGCCGGCGCGGCGGCGGUGCUUGCGACGUGGUCCGGCAGCUGCGUGCGGCAGGACGGGCGGAGCGCGAGCCUGACGGCGCCCAACGGGCAGGCGCAGCAGGCGCUGCUGCAGUCCGCGCUCGCCAGCGCUUCUUUGCAGAUCGAGCAGCUUGCUUGCGUCGAGGCGCACGGCACGGGCACGGCGCUCGGCGACCCGAUUGAGACGCGGUCGCUAGCACAGCUCCUCUCCAGCCGUUGCGAGGCGCUGGCGUUGGGCAGCGUCAAGGCGAACAGUGGGCACGCCGAGCCGGCGGCGGGCGGCGCGGGUCUGCUGCGGCUUGUGGUGAGCUUGGUUGGCGACUCCGCCGCCCCGAAUGGGCAGCUGAGGGCGCUAAACCCGCACGUGAGGUCGUCGCUCGAGGGCGCGAGUUGCGCGCUGCCGACCCAGCUGGCUGCGGCUUCGGUUUGCGCGCCCGUCGAUGGGAGGGGCUGCGCCGGCGGGGUGAGUUCGUUUGGGUACAGCGGCACGAUCGUGCACGCGCUGCUGCAGGUCGGCGGCGAGGCGCGCGGCGCGGUCAGCACUCCGCCCCCUCCGCCGCGAUACUACUCGCGCCGGUCUUACGGGUGGCUUGACAAGGUUCACCCGCUCGCGGACGGGGUGGAUGCGGCGGCGCCGAGCGGGCUCGUGCGUUUCUCGUCGUCGGCAGGCGGCGCGCUGCGCAGCCUCGUGGCGGACCACGUCGUUCAGGGCCGUGUCGUCUUCCCCGGCGCCGGCUACCUCGAGAUGGCGCGCGCGGCGAGCGACGCGGCGAGCGACGCGGCGGGCGGCUUGCUGCGACGCGUCUUCUUCCUGCAGCCCCUCCUGCUCGACGGCGACGUCGCACAGCUGCGCGUGGUGUGCGAGCUCAACGCGGCGGAGGAGCGCUUCGAGGUUCAAAGCGUGCUCGCCGAGGAGAGUGCGAGCACCGCCCAUUGCGGGGGCUCAACGUGCGCUGCGGCGCCAGACGACGAGCGCCGGCGCCCGCAGCCGGCGUUGGUGCGCGGGAGUUGCGGGGCGGCGGUGAGCGCCGCGGACCUGUACUCCGCGUUCCGGGGGGUGGGCCUCGAGUACGGCCCUGCGUACCGCACGCUCGCGGGCGUGUGGGCGUCGCCAGCUUCGGGUGCUGCGGUGGGGCAGCUGCGGCGGCGCACGCUGUUGCAGGGCACCGCUGUGCACCCCGCCGAUUUGGACGGCGCGCUGCAGCUGACGGCGCUGUUUGAUGCCGACACGCCAUCGGAGGUGCGGCUGCCGUUCUCGGUUGAGACCGCGGCGCUGCGCAGCGCACGCGGCCGCUUGUGCCCGGUGGCGGAGCGGUUUGGGGAGAGCACGUCGGUUGUUGCUCUCGAUUGCUUGAGCCGUCUCGGCGGCAGCGGCGCGCGCUUGUCGGGCUUCGAGACACGAGCCCUCAAGGCGGGCGCCGCCACGCAGGCGGCGGCGCCGAGGCGGCACUUGUACGUGACAGCGUGGGAGGCGCGUGAGCAGCCCGCCGCCGCCGACCCCGAGGCGGCAUCCUCCUUGCUGGUGCUGUCCACGCCCGGCGCGGCGUCCGGCGACUCCGACACGGUCGCCGCUUGCGGGGCGGAGGCGGGCGGCCAUCGCUCGCUUGCUUUCGCCGGCGGGGUCGCCGCCGCGGGCGACGACCACGACUCCCUUGCGGUGAUGGCAGCGGCUUUUGACGUCGUGCGGGCGCACACCGCCCGGGCCGCGCUGCCAGUCUGGCUGCUGACGAGGCACGCGGUCGCGGCUUGGGCGUCGGGCGGGUCCGGCGGGUCGUCGCACGCAGGCAUGGUUGGCUUUGCGAGGCAGGUCCGGUCCGAGGCGCCGGCCUGCCGCCUGCCGGUCGUCGGCCUCGAUGCGGAGCAGGCGGGAGCGGCUGGCUCGACGGCCGCCGCCGCACUGCUCGGGCUCGGCUAUUCCGGCGCUACCGAGCCUGAGGUGGCCAUCACUUGCGGUGCCCUCCACGUGCCGCGGCUGGCCGAGGCGGCCGGCUCAGUCAGCGGGCCUGUCCGGAUGCACUUCGACGCGCGCGGCGCCGUGUCGAACUUGCGGGUCGUGCCGCAGGCCGAGCAGAGCUCCGCGCCGGCAGGCGGAGACGUCGAGCUGCGCGUGCGCGCGGUCGGCCUCAACUUUCGGGACGUGCUCAACGUGCUGGGCGUGUACCCGGGCGACCCCGGCCCUCCCGGCUCCGACUGCGCUGCGGACGUGGUUCGCUGCGGCGCCGGCGCGCCGCACUUGUGCGUGGGAGGCGCUGUGCUCGGUCACGGCUUGGCGGCGCUCGCGUCGGUUGCGGUGAGCGAUUCGCGGCUGAUGGCGGCGAUCGACGAUUCGCUCUCGUUCGAGCAGGCGUGCACCCUGCCGACGACGUGGUGCACAGUCCACACGUCUCUCCUCGCGUCGCGGCCUCGCGCGGGCCACCACGCGUUGCUGCAAGCGGGCGCGGGCGGAGUUGGCCUCGCCGCGGGCGACUACGCGCGUUGGAUAGGCGCACGCGCAAGCGUGACGGUCGGUCGGCCGUACAAGCACUGCUGGUACUUGCACGGCGUGGCUCUGCGUGGCGAGACGCUCAGCUCGCGCGACGGCGGCGCCUUUGUCGUUGGCGCGGCGGCGCUGCUCGGCGCGUCGCGGCUGAGCUUCGUGCUCAACAGUCUGUCUGCCGACUUCAUCGCUGGCUCGUUUGCGUUGUUGGGCGAGGGCGGCUGCUUGUGCGAGAUUGGCAAGCGCGCGGUGUGGAGUGCGGAGCGGCAGCGGAGCGCGUCGGCAGCUCGCUACGUUGCAAUCGCGCUCGACAGCACGAUCGAGCAGACGCCGGUGUGGAUGCGGGGCACGCUUCAGCUGCUGUCUGCACGCGCCGCGGCGCGCGUGCUGCACGGGCUCCCGCUGCAGAGCUUCGCGAUGGAGAGCGGUUUGCUCUCGGCGUUCCGCACCCUGCAGGCCGGCACAAACACCGGCAAGGUGGUCAUCCGCAUCCCAUCCACCGCCACCGCGCCGCCGCGCGCGACGCAUCUGCUCUCUGGCGGCACUGGCGGGCUCGGCUUGCUGACCGGCCGGUGGCUGGCAGCGGGCGGGGCCUCCACUGUUGUGCUCGCAGCGCGCGGCGGCGCGGUGCCGCGGGAGGACGGGGCGUGGGACGGAGCGUGGCUGCGGGAGUCGGUGCGGGAUUGCUCCGUGUGCGUGGCGCGCGCCGACGCGGCGGAGCUGGCUGACAUCCGCCGCCUGGUGAGCGCGGCACAGAGCGGCGACACGCGUCCGCUCGCGGGCUUGUGGCACGCGGCGGGCGUCCUCUCCGACGGGUUGCUGCGCGCGCAGACGGCGAGCACGCUCCGCCGGGUGUACGCACCAAAGGUGCACGGAGCUUGGGGCCUGCAGCGCGCGUGCGCCGCGGCGCCACUCGACGCGUGCGUGCUCUUCUCGUCCAUCGCGGCGCUGAUUGGCGGCGGCGGGCAGUCCAACUACGGCGCGGCGAACGGCUGCCUCGACUCGCUUGGCGUGUGUCGGCGGCAGCGCGGCCAGGCGGCGUCGAGCGUGCAGUGGGGCCCCUGGGCGGACGUCGGCAUGGCCGCAAACAGCUCGGUCAACGCGCGCAUCCAGGCGUCGGGCAUGGGCUUGAUCGGGCUGGAGCAGGGCGCGACGGCGUUCCGUGCGGCGCUGCUACCGGGAGCUCCGGCACUGUUGAGCUUGGUCGUGCUGUCUUGGGGCAAGUUUCUAAGCUUCAUGCCCGCGGUGCCGCCACUGCUGCAGGGCUUCUCCUCCCGCAGGAGACCGUUUGCGGCCGUCGGCGACGCGUCGGAGCGCCGCGUCGUGACGCUCGAGAUGAUCAUGGAGUCGCUCGAGUCGACCAUCGGCAGAGGCGUGGACGCUGACGCGCCGCUCAUGGAGGCGGGGCUCGACUCGCUUGGAGCGGUCGAGCUCGGCAACCAGCUGCAGCAGGCGUCGGGGCGAAGCUUGCCCAGCACGCUCGUCUUUGACUAUCCAACCGGCCGCUGCCUCGCAGACUUCUUCGCAGAGCCGACGGCCGCUGCCACCGUUCGAGACCCGCCCGCCGCCUCCCCGUCUCCGCAGCCGCAACGGCUGCCGUGUCACGCCACAGGGUGGAGUGCGGCUCUGCCUUCGGGGACCUCGUCCGUUGCUUCGGCCCUCCGCAUGAUCCGGGCCGCCGCCGACACCGUCGGCGAGGUGCCGUCCGAGCGCUGGUCGUGGCGGCAGCAAGGCAUGCCGGACGGCCUCGUGGGGCAGCGCGCCAGCCACGGCGGGUUCGUGCGAGACGCCGACUGCUUCGACAACGCCGCCUUUGGCGUCUCGCCCGCCGAGGCGGCGGCGAUGGACCCGCAGCAGCGGCUGCUGCUCGAGCACGGCUACGAGGCGCUGCACGCGUCGGGGCAGGGCCGCGAGGCGCUCGCGGGCAGCCUGACGGGCGUGUUUGUGGGCAUCGCCGCGGCGGACUGGGCCGAGGUGCUGCGCGGGUCGCCGGUUGGGAGGAGCGUGUACGCGGCCACGGGGAGCAGCCACUCGAUCGCGUCGGGCCGGCUCUCGUUUGCGCUCGGGCUGCACGGCCCGUGCGUCUCGUACGACACCGCCUGCUCGGCGGCGCUGGUCGCAGCGCACGGCGCGGCGGGGGCGCUGCAGCGGGACGAGUGCCCGUCUGCGCUGGUGGCGGGGGUGAGCCUGAUGCUGCUGCCGGGCGUGUCGGUGACGUUUGCGACGGCGGGGAUGCUGUCCGCGCGAGGCCGCUGCCACACCUUCGACGCGCGCGCGGACGGCUACGCGCGCGCCGAGGCGUGCCUAGCUUGCGCGCUCGAGUCGGCUGGCAGUUUGGCUGCGGGUGCGAGGUCGUCGCGGGUCGAUUCGCCUGUCGUGCUCGGCGGCGCCGUCGGCCAGGACGGAAAGAGCGCGAGCCUGACGGCGCCGAGCGGGCAGGCGCAGCGCGAGCUCUUUCUGCGCGCGCUCGCCGCGGCUGCGGUGCUGCCGGCUGAGCUGGCACUGGUGGAAGCGCAAGCCAACGGCACGCCGCUCGGCGACCCGAUCGAGGUGCGCUCGCUGGCGGCGGCGGUGGUCGAUGGCCGCGCGCCCGGCGGCGCGGGGCUGCCGCUGAGCAGCAUCAAGGCGUGCAUGGGUCACGCGGAGCCCGCCGCCGGACUCACCGGCUUGCUGAAGCUGCUAGCAGGCCUGCGCGUGCGGCAGGCAGCCCCCAACGCGCAGCUGCGUGUGCUCAAUCCGCACGUGCUGUCGGCUGACUCGAGCGGCGGCUGCGCGUUUGCCGCGCAGAACGCGCCGGCUGUGUGCGGCGGCGGUGGCGCCGGGGUGGUGGCGCGUGGCGCGGUUGACUCGUUUGGCUACAGCGGCACGAUCGCGCAGCUGCUCUGCGCAGCAUCGUCCGCCGCGUCGGGCGCGGAGGAGGAGCACGCUUCGCCGCACCUCGGGGCCAGCGGGGUGGGUAGGCCAGCCUACUUGCGCCGCCGUUUCCCCCUCGCCCUUGUCACAUCCGGCGCCGCCGACGGCGACGGCUCUCGCCUUGCCGCUUUCGCCGCCCAGCAAGUUGGCCGUCUGGUUGGUACGCCGCUUCGGAGCAAGGCGGUGGCCUCCCCCGACGAGGAGGCGCGCAGCGCCGAGGUGAUGCGGUUCGUGGAGGAGAACAUCAUGUGGCUCGCACGCUCGGGCAAGGGCGACGACGCGGACACCCGCCUCGACGAGACUGAGGCGUUGGACACCUGCUGCUGCUGCGCGCAACUGUCUGCGACGGACACCAACUGCUGGUCCUCCUCCUCCGCCUCGGGCGGGGGCGGCUCCUCGGGCGCCGACACGCCGCCGCAGCAGCAUUGGCCGGGCCCGCAUACGGAGCCGCCCGUCGAGUGGAACUUUGCGUCGGCUGGCGGCUCUGCUGCGCGCGGCCCUGCCGUCGGGCCGUGGGGUCUCCUCGGCGCCAGCGCAGCGGAGCGGGAGCGGCUGGUGCUCGGCUCGCUGCUGGCCGAGCUGCGCGAGCUGUGCGGCGGCGACGGGCGCACCCUCGACGAGGACUCGCCCCUGCUCGAGGCCGGGAUCGACUCGCUCGCGGCGGGCGAGCUGGUCAGCCGCUGCACCGCCCAGACGGGUGUCUCCCUCUCGCUGGACAUCCUCGAGGAGCUGGGCACCCCGCGCGCCCUCGCCGCGCUGGUCGCCUCCGCGAUGGCCGAGAAGGCGCCGCGGAGCUCGCACAUGCAGCACCACUCGCAGUCGUCCCCUCGCGCUAUGAGCGUCUCAACGCCCGUGCGGAGCGACGAGGUCGUGCCAGGGCGCGAGACGGUGUUUUACUUUGCCGGCAUCCCGGGCGUGGUCGGGAUCGAGUUCCCGGAGCUGUGCCGCGCGCUGCCCUUCAACGUCCUCGAGGAUCAGGGGCGCGAGGUGGCUCGGCUCGCGGUCGUCGAGCCCUUCGAGCGGAUCGUGAUGCCGAUGCACUUCGCGCCCAACCUCGCCGACCUGUGGGUGAGGAUGCUCGUGCCGGUGCCGCCGCUCAUGGGCAGGAUGCACGACUUUUGCGUCGCGCAGGGCGCGCCUGUCGCGCCGCUGUCGCAGCUGAGCGAGGCGUGGAACAACGCACUCGUCGCGCACGCGACGCUCCACUCGGACGACCUCACGCUGCACUGCCCCACCCUCUACAUCAUCUCCGCGUACCGCGAGCAGGCCUCGGGCUACGACCGCGUGGAGAACGCACUCUCGCCCCUCUUCCCCGCGACGGAGGUGGACAUGUCGUGGCCAGCGUGGAUCCUCAAGCGGAUCGUCAUCACGCUCUCGCGCGGCGGCACACCCGUCUCGCGCUCGUGCACCACAGUCGCCAAGCGCGUCGCGCCCGGAGACCACUUCUUCAUGCUCGACCCAGUCAAGGCGAGGCCGGCACUCGCGCGCAUCGCAGACUUUUUCUGCCUGGGGACGAAGGGGGAGGAUGACGCGCCGACGGGCGAGCCACGCGUGGAGGGUUCGGGCGAAACUCUGUGA